AUGUCCAUCCUGUACGGCAGCGCGGUGCCCGUCUUCUACGACCCGACCGCCGCCGCGGCGUGGAGGCUCACCCCCGGGCUGCACACGUUCACGCGAUCGUUCAUCGCCGCCGCGCUCCUCGCGCCCGCGUUUGUGUUCCUCCCGCCCGCGCCCGCGAGCGCGAGGCGGGGCGGCGCGAUCGACCCGGGACGCGUCGCGCGGUUCGGCGUCGAGUUCGGCGUCGUCGUCUUCCUCGCGACGUUCGCGCAGUGGAAGCACGCGGAUAACGUCGCGCCGGAGUCGUUCUUCCUCGCGCUCGCGCUCGCGCCCGUCCUCGCCGUGGUCUCGCGGCGCGGCGUGCCGGGCGCGGAGGUGCCCAGCGACGUCCCGACCUCCAAGUUCGAGAAGGGCGCGGCGACGCAGGUGGGCGUCGCCAUCCUCGGGAUGCUCGUCCUCGUCAGCGACCAGGACACGGACGUCCUGUUCGAACCGUGGGGCGUCGCCGCCGCGGUGCUGGUCACGUCUCUCAUCGUUCGAUCGGAGGUGCUCGUCGCGCGGGAGAGCCUCACGGCCAAGGCGAGGAUCGCGGCGGUGCAGACGGCGACGACGGCGACGCUCGCCGCCGCGUGGGCGGCGAGCGACGUCGUCGCGGCGGCGUCGGGUUCGUCGAGUAGCGUAAUAACGGACGCGUUCGAGGCGUUAUCCUCGCUGCGCCUGCCGCUCGGGCAGCUCGCGUACCUCGGCGUCCUCACCGGCGUCGUCAGCGCGUGCGAGCUCGUGGCGAUCAACAAGUACACGCAAGGGUACGCGAUGCUCGCGUUCGGGCUGAUCCCCGUCACCGGCGCGGGGUGGCAGUGGCUCGCGGGCGGCGACGGCGUGAGCCUCGCGGAGGGGAUCGGGUCGCUGUCGUGGGGGGAGGUGAUCGCGCUCGCGACGGCGGCGCCGCCGUCGUUGCUCUUCUUUCUGACGAGAAGGACGGGCGUUUCGAGGCGAGAGGCGGAGGGGGGAGGUGAUGGUAAAGAUGGCGCGGUCGGCGCGGUCGGCGGCGUCUUCUCUCGUCUCCUCGGCGGGGGAAAGAAGAAACGCGGCGCGGACGACGGUCACGACGGUCACGACGACGACGCCGACGACGCGAGGGACGCGGGGCCGAAGCCCGAGGGGAUCAUGGGCAGCGUCGUCGGCAACCUGUUGAAGAACCCGUGGUGGGCGACGAAAGUGAGCAAAUCCGGGGCGCUGGCCGGCGGGAAAGGCGCGCUGAAAGGCGCCGGCGCGCUCAAAGCGGGGAAGGGCGUCAAGGGCGCGUCGCUGCUCGCGAAGGCUGUCGUCGGCGAGAGCGUCGUCGGCGCCGUGCAAACCGGCGUGACCGGGCUCAUCGAGGGCGCGGACAUCGGCGAGGCGGUGAUGGAAGCCGAGGCGGUCAUCGAGGCGGUCGAGGCGGAGGGGCUCGCCGGCGCCGCGUCCACCUUCGCGGACGGUGUCGUCGCGUCCGUGGACGGAUUGAUGACGGAGAGCGCCGCGAGCGUCAUCGCGAGUCAGUCCACGAGCGCGACCGUCGUCGGCGUGGGAGGGGUUUCCGCCGGCGGCGUCUCCGCGAAAGCCGCGGGGGGCGCGGCGGCGAAGAUAGGCGGCGGGUUGGCGCUGAAAGCCGGCGCCGCCGCCGUCGCGGGGGCGUCGGCGGUGGUCGGGUACAGCUCGACGCUGCCGGGGUGCGCGCCGGGGGAGUACGAGACGAUUCGCGCGGCCGCCGCGCAGGUGGACGGCGUCGCGGAGAGCGUGGCGGCGGCGGCGGCGGCGGCGGCGGACAUUCCCGUGUGCAGCGUCGACCCGGGCGCGCUCGCGGAAUUAGUCAGCGACGGCCUCAACGCGAUCGGCAUCGACGUGCUCGGAUGA